AAAGAAAAAAAUUCGAUCAUACCAAAAAGCUUUUUCACAGUGCCAGAGUGCGAUCAGUAUGCUAUAAGCGAUACUAGCGAAUCGAUUACGCUGCCGCCGCCGUGCACCAACAGAGCCGACGUCGUUUUGCCGCAUUAUUUCCACUAAAAUAAAAUCAUUUAAUUAAUUUUCUAUUCUAUUUUCCAAAACGGUAAUAUGUAAAUUUUUCCAAUUACGCACACGAGAAGGAGAAAGUGUUGAUUUAGUAAAAUUUUCAAAAUAUAAUUGAAAAAAUGUACGUUUCCAACCUCGUCGUGUAACUUCAAAAGUUAAUGGGUUCAAUUUUUUUUCGCAAGAAAUUAGAUAAUAUUCUGUGAGAUUUUUUUUCAAUAAUUACUCACUGAUUCUUUUUUUGAAAAUAUCGAAAUAAUUAACACGGAUUAGAAAAAGAAAUUAAUUUUUUUUUCUUUUUAAUUAAAAAUAUUUCAUCGACAUUGAUCGGUGGAGAGAGAGAUAUAAAGAGAAGGAGCUGAAGGAGCUAGAAAACAUGGAUACUCCUUUAGAAGAAUGUUCGCAUUUUGCUGUUCACGAUAAAACACCCGAUUCGACACAAAAUAAAUUGAAUCUUGUAGUUCGCCCACAUUACACAGUUGAGAAGGUCUUCCGUGAUGUUUCUUUACAGUUUCCAUAUGAAUCGUAUGAUCUGAUCAUGCAACCUAUUGAUGAGAAGGAUCCUAUGAUUUAUCUUAACGAUAUCAAAUCACAGACACUCGAAGAAAUACCUGGCUUUGUACCACAAGCUAAAAAUUUUCUCAUUCUACUGCCACCUGGCGAGUGGGAGAAGAGUUCUAAGGAACGUUUUGAAAUUUCACUCGGUCCACUUAAUCAACAACAACAAAAGCGUAAAUUCUCUAUGGUAACGAUGACUGAUUCAUUGAAUUUAAGUCCAAUGACACCAGAUCCAGUCUCUGAUGAUGAUUUGGCACUCGGAGCAUCGGCUAGUCCAACAGAAUCAGAUCCAAUAAAUGGAGCAUCCAUGAUGCUGCCACCCAUACCUAGUCCAAAUGAUCACCACACAACAAUUGGUCCUAGGAACCAAACACGGUUUGAGGUAAAUGAGAGUUCUCUGAAGAAUUCUUUCCCGCGUGCUUCAGAUGAGUAUGGAAUGCUUUCAAACCAGCAAUCAUCAGCGGCUGCUUAUGUGGGACUAGUCAAUCAAGCUAUGACUUGCUAUUUGAAUAGUUUGUUGCAAGCUUUGUAUAUGACACCUGAGUUCCGUAAUGCACUCUAUCGUUGGGAAUUUGACAACGAUAAUGAAGCGAAGAGUAUUCCUUAUCAAUUGCAGAAACUAUUUCUUAAUUUACAGACAUCAAAAAAAGCAGCUGUAGAAACAACAGAUCUCACACGUAGCUUUGGUUGGGAUUCGAGAGAAGCCUGGGAACAACACGAUAUCCAAGAGAUGUGUCGUGUCAUGUUCGAUGCCUUGGAACACAAGUUCAAAAAUACAAAACAAGCAAACUUGAUAAGCAAUUUGUAUGAAGGAAAACUGAUAGACUAUGUCAAGUGUUUGGAAUGCAACACAGAAAAAACACGUGCUGACACUUUUCUCGAUAUCCCCCUGCCAGUACGACCAUUCGGUAGCUCUGUAGCUUAUGGCAGCAUUGAAGAAGCCCUUCGAGCUUUUGUUCAACCAGAAACACUCAACGGAAAUAAUCAAUAUUUCUGUGAGAAGUGCGACAAGAAGUGCGAUGCCCACAAAGGCCUGAAGUUCAAGAACUUCCCCUAUAUUUUGACAUUGCAUUUGAAGCGUUUCGACUUUGAUUAUCAAACAAUGCAUCGUAUUAAAUUGAAUGAUAAGGUUACCUUCCCACAAACCCUCAACUUGAAUACGUUUAUAAAUGCCACUGACGCUCAGACAUUUGGUAAUUUUAACAACGUGCACAUGAAUGGAUUUGCUUCGACAUCAAAUAAUGAUGACUGCAGCACAACAGAUAGUGGCUCAGCAAUGGAGGAGGAUAACUGCAGUGGCAUUGCAACUACUGCAAAUUCUAGUCAACAUGAGAAUGAUAUGCAGGAAGACGACGAAGGCAUUGAUAUGAGUACGAGCACGGACAAUCGAACUAAUGCUUCAGUAUCGUUGGCCUCGAAGAAUGAUAGUGGACCGUAUUUGUAUGAAUUGUUUGCUAUUAUGAUUCAUUCAGGCAGUGCAUCUGGAGGGCAUUAUUAUGCUUACAUCAAAGAAUUUGAGAAUGGCGAAUGGUUUUGCUUUAGUGACCAGACAGUAUCAUCUGUAACUCAAGAAGAUAUACAAAAGUCCUUUGGUGGAAGUGCUACUAAAGCAUACUACACCAGCAUGUAUAGCUCCAGUACAAACGCCUAUAUGCUUAUGUAUCGCCAAAUCGAUCCCAAGCGUAACGAACGGUGUACCAAAACCGAAGACCUUCCCGAGCACAUAACUACAUUAUUGCCAAAGCUUAACUGUGAAGACGAAGCACGACAUUCUCGUCACACCGAAUUAGCUCUGGAAAGCCGAGUAAAACCUCGAGUUUACUUCUACAACCCAAAACUUAAGAAGUUAAAAGUGACUCGUGUCUAUGUAUCACGAUCAUUUGACCUCAAGUUUAUACUCGAGUCGGCCUAUCAAAAUUUAAUGGUGGAACAAUUUGCACCCCUCUCUCGUUGCCGAUUAGUGGCUUAUGAUGUGGAAAUUAUUCGUAGUUAUGAAAGCGAUGCAGAUCACCAGAAAUAUCCAUCGUCUGAUUAUCUGCUCGAAUAUAGAGGUGAGAACGACGAGUUUGAGGUGUACAAACCAGGCGGCACAACAUUACAAACUUACCAAGUAAAUUUGCAAACAAUGGAAGUCGAUGGACCACAUUUGGUGUAUUCAUCGACUCCUGAAAGUAGUGAUGCUAUGAGGAAAUCAGUUGCAAUACGUUUGGGCUUGAAGGAAAGUGAGGUCCUUAUGGCCACAACACCUGGUCAUAAAGUAUUUGUAGCAACAGAUCCAAAUGCAUCACCAGAAGCUGAAGAUAACUUCAAAAACACAGUCAAGAAAAUGUUCUCAAAAUUGACAUACUUCUUCCUCACGGUACCCAACACAGAUCCUGAUAGUUUGGAAAUUCUAAGUAUUCCACAAUAUGAAGCACAAAAUGGUGUGGAUGUUGUGGAUGCUGUUCUAAUGAAUGGUGACGCCUCAUCUGAAUACCAUCGUCGCGAAUCACCCCUUCCACCCACAACCACAGAGAGCAAUAGCGAAGACAGCAGUCUUAGCGAUGGCGAUCGUACUUUGGUAGACACAAACGGAGCCAUGUCAAGUACCAGCCAUUCACCUCAACUGUCCAGUCCCGAUGAAUCCGAAUCUCAAGAGAUGUUCCACAAAAUCAAUUCCAUUCUCGUGGACGGACCACAAGCAUCCACAUCCACUGCGGAGGAUACAUCAUCACAGAGUUUCUACUUCUUUGCGCAGAAAAUUGAUGCUGAUCCUCCUCCUUCUGCCACAUCUGCCUUAAAUGGAAAUCACGACGAUUCCGAAGACUGCAACCGCAAGCCACCGGUAAUGUACAAGGUGAUUGUAGAUUCGCGAAUGAAAAUGGCGCAAUUGAAAAGGCAUUUGGAAGCAUUGAUUCGUGUCCCUGGGAAUUAUUUCAAAGUCUCCCGCAAAUACGAUACUACAGAUCCCAUUUACCCCUCAUACACAUUACUCUUCCUGAGCGCCGGAGAGAUGUUGAUUGUGGAGUUGGGAAAAAUUCUGCAAAACGAUGAGCACAAGGCUAAAGUUUACUUUAUGAAAUUGAGUGAACUCAAUAAUAACUCGGGCAAGUUGCCGUGUGUGUGCGAGUGGAUUUUCAAGCAGGGAAUGACGGUGCGAGAGGCAAAGAAGCAACUGGUUGCUCAACUACAUCGUAUUGAUGCUAAAUAUAAGACUUUGAGUGUCGAAAAUUGCCGACUAUGGAUUAAAGGGGGCAGGAACCCUGUGUAUUUCUUAAAUGAUGACGAGUUACUGGGCACUGAAGGUAGAGUUGCCAUAUCUUCUGAGUUUUUAAUCCAAGAAUGUGAAGAUGGCAUUUCUCCUGUAACAAGCGAGGAUAGCUUGACAAUAUUUGUUAGGCGCUGGUAUCCUGACAGGUUGGAAUUGGAUAAAUUUCAAGAAAUCACACUAGAAAAACAUACCGAUAUAAAGCAGAAGCUAGCUUCAAUAUCUGAUAUUCCGGAAGAAAACAUCGCUUUUAGCAAAGUAAACUCUUCCUUCCCAUGUACAAAUAUCUCCAUGGUAAGCAUCAAUAGUACAAUGAAAUGGUACACCAACCCAACUACCAUGGAUAAGGAUCCACUUUCAUCGACAGUUAAUGGAAAUGUUAUUUUCUACAAAGAUGACACAGUACAACCCAAAGAACUUACUAUGGAAGAAAGGCGAGAAUUCAAUUUGAAAGAGAAGAACAGAUUGGAUCGCCUUGGGUGUCCCUCGACAACAUUGUAUUCACCACGCAGAGAACGUGCACUUAAAAUUCACUUAGAUUUGUCCCCAAUAGGUCCAAGUACCAGCAGUAGUAGUAAUAGUUCAGCCUUAAAACCCUCAGAAGGCACAUCAAGUAAAUUAGUGGACGAAUAAUGUCCAUCCAUUACAAAGUCGAACAAAAAGAAAUUGCUGUUGCUAACAGGAGUAUUGCGAAAAAACUUUGUUUUCACUCAUCACAUUGCUGGACGUUAGUUACCAAAAUACCAUCCACACAAAAAAUUUAAAAAAAACAGCACCACGCAUGCAUGAAACCAUCAUCACAAAAAUAAAAAAACACAAAAACACGGACCACGUAUGCAUGAAAUCAUCAUUAUUUCGUGAUGAUGGUUUCAUGCAUGCUUUUGGCCCUUCUUUUUUUGUUUGCUAAAAACCGCUCAAUGUUUGUUAAAGAGCGAUCCGAGCAGAGUUUGUGGUUAGAUGUAAUUAAUGAAAAAAAAAACAA